CUCUCCUUCCGCACUUCACUUGGAAGCCAUGGCGUAGGCCCAGGGAGAUCUAGCUAGAGUUUCCCGCAUCGGCCUCCGCCACCCACCGCCGCCGCCCCGCCCCGCCCCGCCAAAGGAACGGAGGAUGGAAGCCCCGGGCUCGCCCUACGCCUCCUCGCCGGAAUCCGCCCCCAAGCGUGCCCCUCGCUCCCCACCGCAGCAGCAGCCUCCCUCCGAGGAAGGAGAUGACAAGGAGAAACCAAUACAUUUGAGGUUUCUGGUGUCUAAUGCGUCAGCAGGAUGUAUCAUUGGCAAGGGUGGAUCAACUAUUAAUGACUUUCAGUCCCAAUCUGGGGCUCGUAUUCAGUUAUCACGUAGCCAUGAGUUUUUCCCUGGUACUAAUGACAGAAUCAUCAUGGUUUCUGGACUGUUUGGUGAAGUAAUGAAGGCCAUGGAGUUGAUUCUUGAGAAACUUUUGGCUGAGGGUGAAGAAUUCAAUGAAGCUGAAGCUAGACCUAAAGUUAGACUUGUAGUUCCUAACAGCUCUUGUGGCGGGAUAAUUGGUAAAGGUGGAGCAACAAUAAAGUCAUUUAUUGAAGAAUCACAUGCUGGAAUCAAAAUUUCGCCACAGGAUAACAAUUAUGUUGGUUUGCAUGAUAGGCUUGUUACAGUCACAGGAACCUUUGAUAAUCAGAUGAAUGCGAUAGAUUUGAUACUGAAAAAGUUAUCUGAGGAUGUUCACUACCCAGCUAAUUUGAGCUCCCCAUUUCCAUAUGCAGGUCUUACUUUCCCAAGCUACCCUGGUGUUCCUGUUGGUUAUAUGAUUCCGCAGGUGCCAUAUAAUAAUGCUGUGAACUAUGGACCUAAUAACGGGUAUGGAGGAAGGUACCAAAACAACAAGCCCAGUACACCUAUGAGAUCUCCUGCUAGUAAUGAAGCCCAAGAAUCUCUGACCAUUGGUAUUGCCGAUGAACACAUUGGUGCUGUUGUAGGACGUGCUGGAAGGAACAUAACAGAGAUUAUUCAGGCUAGUGGUGCUCGGAUCAAGAUAUCGGAUAGGGGUGACUUCAUAUCUGGGACAUCUGACAGGAAGGUGACGAUUACUGGAACAUCAGAAGCUAUCCGGACCGCGGAGUCCAUGAUCAUGCAGAGGGUGUCAGCCAGUUCGGAGAGGCUAUGAUACCAGAUAUGUUUGACGGACUGUGGGGGCCGUUGUUGAGUCCGAGCAGCAUGUUUGAUGCAAGUUAUUAUUGUUUGUUGCGUUGCGCCAAUGGUUUAGUCGAAGAUAUAUAUGUGCAGCGUUUGAAUGGAUUUGGGAAUAGGGCUGAGUUAUAUCCCGUGGAUGCCACAACAAGGCAGGCAGGCGCCGCUCUGUGCUAGUGGCUGAGUAGGUUGACAAUUCGGUAUGUUGAUUUCCUGGUACCCCCCCUUCCUUUUUUUUUUGAGUCUUGUGUAUGUAGAUCUGAGUAUGGGUUCUUUCUUUCACGUGGCCAGAAAGGGCAUGGUUGGAAGCUUUC